UCCAGGCACGGCACGGUCAAGGUCAACAAUCGCCUCAAUUCCCUCUCUCCCCUAGUCUCUACUACACACAACCAUGUUCUCUCGAACCACACUGGCACGGGCACUUGCCCUACCCAUCGAGCACACCGCCGCCCGAUCCUCCAUCCUCGCCGGCGCCAGCAACACCACCUUCCGUGCCUGCCUUCACCAAGCCACCACCACAUCUUACUCUACAACAACAUCAUCACACCCCUCCGCUCCCCUCAGUGCCACUCCCCGGGCCCAAACUUCCAUUCCCAUCGAACAACCUCACUUCCUGACGCCCCAGAACACCAUUCCCGAAACCCGCGCCGAUGUGCCUCUCAACAAACAGCCCGUGGCCCCGACCUUCGACGCUCCAUUGAAAGUGUCUCAAUCCCUCCUCGACAUGCUGCCCUACCUCACCUCGCAAAAGCCGCACUACAUUACCGCCCACCUCCACGACAGACCCUACCUGCUUACCGAGGGUGAUCAGCUGCGUCUGCCUUUCCUCAUGCCCAAGGUGAAAUCGGGCGAUAUCCUUCGGUUUAACCGGGCGUCGGUGCUCGGUUCUCGUGAGUUCUCGCUCAAGGGCGGCGAGAAGUACCUUGAUGAGCGGUUGUUUGAGUGCCGGGUCCGGGUGAUGGGUUUCGAGUCGGAGCCUUUGCGCAUCACGGAGAAGACGAAGCGGAGACGCCGUCAUGUGCAGAAGGUGACGAGCAAGCAUCGUUAUACCAUUCUGCGGGUCAUGGAUGUUAAGGUUAAGACGGCGGAGGAGUUGUUGCAGGAGGGUGCGGUUGUGGUGCAGAGUGCUGAUUCUGCGGCCAAUGUUGAACUUAAGGAGUAGAUCUCGGAUUUGAGGGAAGGGACUUGAGGAUUUCGCAAAAUUUGAGCAAGACGUGGGCCGAGCCUUUUUAGAGGCCCACGUUUAGAUGGGUAUGGAUUUUAUGCUGUGUUAAAUCCAUUGGUUGGAACCGCGUAGAGCGGUAUACCAUGUACAGAUAGGACUUUUCUGUUAUGCACAUUGAGGAGUGCAAUUGUAUUUUAUUGUAUAAUUGGGUUUCGAAUGUUUAGUUGCUCCUUGUAUUUCCGUGUCCUCGAAGUUAGCAAAUCGGGUUUACCUUUAGCAGCCGUUGUUACUGAUCAUCUAAUAGGAAGAAACAUCCAAGCAAGCUAUA